GGCUCGUAAUGGCGGCGGCUAGUUCCGCCGCUGUGUCCGGGGCAGGGACCCCAGUGGCAGGUCCCGCAGGCCGCGACCUUUUCGCCGAGGGGCUCCUCGAGUUCCUGCGACCGGCUGUGCAGCAGCUGGACUCUCACGUCCACGCCGUCAGAGAGAGCCAGGUAGAACUCCGAGAACAGAUUGACAACCUAGCUACUGAACUGUGCCGGAUCAAUGAGGAUCAGAAGGUGGCCCUGGACCUCGACCCCUACGUGAAGAAGCUGCUUAAUGCCCGGCGGCGAGUGGUCUUGGUCAACAACAUUCUACAGAACGCGCAGGAACGACUGAGGCGGCUAAACCACAGCGUGGCCAAGGAAACAGCCCGCAGGAGGGCAAUGCUGGAUUCAGGGGUUUACCCUCCUGGUUCCCCAAGCAAGUAAUAGGCCAGAAGAUGGGAGCCACCCGUGGCCUCAGAGUAGCACAAGUACUGUUCCCCGGCUGCUUUUCUUCCAGGACUCGCUGUAGACCAUGGGACAUCAGCAUAGCAGCCCAGUUUGUUUGAAGCACUUAAGUCUUACCCAUUUAUGUGGGGCCUCAAGGAAACCGGUGUACGGCAGGAUCAAUGAUCCCAAAGGAUUUAUUAGGACUCUUGCUUCCAAGAAUGAGCUGAGGCCUGUACAUACUCAAGACAGAACUCCUCUACCCUCAGGCCUAGUUCUGUUCUGUUGCAUGUCCUCUACUUGUGACUUUUGCGUUUACAGAGGAUUUGGAGAAGAGGGCAGGCAAAGUCAAGGUAACAACUCCUGUCUGUACCCUCUUUUGUUGAUUGCACUUGCCUUGAAUAAAGUAGCAGUAUUGCUAGAACCAUUUAAUUCAAUAAAUGCUUAAACAGUG